CUUUAUCUUACAUCAAUUUUACACAGCUGCCGACAGCUGGAAAUUAUUCACUCCCUCACAAGACAUCAUCAAUCUGACUACCAACUGUCAGCCAGCAGGCGGCUUUUUCUAGAUCACCUGGCCCGCCAUGAAAGGCAUUAUUCAACCAGCCCGUGGCGGCCGACCGAGCAAGGUCACCAAGCCGACCGGCGCUCCUCGCGCCAAAGUCAAUCGCCGAAUCGGCGCAGCUGACGGCCUCUCAAACCAGGACCCCGAUCUUGAGCAGCACGAUGUCACCACUGAUGAUGAUUUUGAGAAUGACCAUGGCGCUACUUUCGAUUCCGAAGCUGCUGCUGUUGCUGCUGCCGCCGCCGCCGCUCAGCAGCAUCAUCAUCAUCAACACAAUCACCAGCAGGUGGAGCUCACUGCAGCAAGCAUUCUAGCUAGCAGUGUGCAAGGCAGUGCUGAUCAGCACCCUGAUCUUAGCGGUCAUCUCAUGGAGGGUGGCAAUGGCGGAGUCCAGACUACGGAGGAGCUUGCUCAUCGGUCGGGAUAUAUCAAUAUCACCAUUGAGAGCGCUUUGGCAAAGAGACUAGCCCGCGAGCCUGGCAUGCGUGUUGCCCAUCAGCGACGUGCCAGCCAGAAACUUAACUUGGUUCGGCGCAGUAAUGUCGAAGCUCUAUUUGCACAUAUCGCCGGUGCAGAGGCACCUCAGCCUUGCAAGAACUGCCACAAAGGCCAUGGCCCCUGGACCAGUUGUGUUGUUAUCGACGGUCAAAUGUGUGGUAGCUGUGCCAACUGCUGGUUUAAUGCUUCCGGUGCUCGAUGCUCCUUCCACGAGACUCGCAACCCCCAGUCUCACGGAGCUCAAAUCCCGAACAAUGAUGGCUUUGCCUACUCUAUGGCUCCCGCCCCCGCUCCUGCCAUUCCGCAAUUCAACUUUGCUUCUAUCUCCGCAUCGACUGAUCCGGUUGUGCGCUUUACGGUAGAACAAGCAAUGGCUCAAGUCCGCGGGGCAGAUCGUACUAACAGGCUUAUGAUGAUGAUUGAUGCAACGUCUAAGCAGUUGGCCUACCAGAUCUGCUUGUAUGAGGAGGCUAUCCGUGAGCAGCAAAACCAGGUUGGUCAACCGGGCCCAUCUGGUACCCAGGCCGCUCCUCAAGGGGUUCCCCAGUCCGUCUCGAAUGAGCAAGAGGCACCGUAGAGCGGCCACCGCCUCGACGACGUGAGGCAAUCCGAGGGUAGCGGCAACCAAGAGGGCGAGCCUCAAGAGAGCGAAGCCCUUCAGUACGACCGUCGGCUUAGAUUGCUGCCGCUCGAACGAAUCUCACCUGAGUAAGGAGAAUGUUCAAGACGGGUUCUAAGUGGAGGAGCGACCUCUUUGUUUCAAAUUCUUGGUCAAACUCUAAGUUGUCUAUAGGAAGAAUUUGGAACAUUCUCUUUUUUUCUUUUUUUUUCUUCCCCAAGCUUGUUGGUUCUAAUUAUGCAUGAGUCGAUGCGUAAUAUAUGGGCACGCACGGAGUUUAGGUCGACGAUGUUUUUUUUCUUCGCUACAAAAAGAAAAAGAAAAUAUAUCCAGAAAAGGAGGAAGGAUCACUCUGCUUAGGCGCGGCCUAGCAUAAUGCGGAUCGUUUUCGAAGAGGUGAUAAAAUAAUUAUAUUUACAAGAACUGAAUUGU